AUGAAUUCGCGACAGGACGGGUACGAUACCUUUUAUGACGACCAGGUCGCAGCCCGUCGACAGUUUUACGCGCGAGAACACGCCGUUAAUCGCACCAACGACGUUGCCGUUCUUCUUACUGUCGUCGCCCUUCUGGUGACCUUUCUGUUCAAAUAUAUUAGCCCCGACGGAUCGCUCGAGGGGGCUUUCUCGCUGAUCGGCAAUUUCCUAUGGGACGCGCUCGUAUCUAUACUCCCUGCGCCGCUACUUUUCGCAAUCGACAGCUGGAUGGAUCCCACUACAACCUCACCGAUGCGCGAUGCUUCGAAACAAAGCAACCAUGCCGCGAAAAGUGAAGCCUUGCGGAGGGUGAUGGGGUUGGAUCGCCAGGACGGCGUUAUGAACUCGGUGCUUCGCGCCAGAACAAGAGCCCUCUCUAUGACGGGCAGUGUCUUGGGGCUGAAAAUCGACUCAGAUCGGCCGGCAGGAUUGGGAAACAGGGAUAACUCUUGCUAUCAAAAUAGCGUUCUCCAGGGACUGGCUUCGCUGCACUCGAUGCCAGACUACCUCUCGGCGUGUCUCAAGGGCGCUGAAGAGGUUGGCGACGGCAUGGAGAAGAACGUUGCGCACACGCUGCGGUCACUUAUUGCAGAUCUAAACGACGUGUCGAAUAAUGGGAAGACAUUGUGGACACCCUCCUUGCUGAAAUCGAUGAACACAUGGACUCAGCAAGACGCACAAGAGUACUAUUCAAAAGUUUUGGACGAUAUCGAAAAAGGAGCGGCGUUGGCCGCCAAGAAUCUGGCUUCUACUACACCACUCAUGGGAUUGGAGGGCGGCGAUUACAACAGCAGAGAUGAAUGUUCUCCAAGCGAGCAUAGUGACGAUAGCGGCUAUCAGAGCCAAUCGUCAAGCUCCAGAGGGGACUCUAAAAGGGCUGUGCGAAAUCCCUUGGAAGGACUUUUGGCGCAGCGGGUUGCCUGCGUCCAAUGCGGCCAUUCGGAUGGGCUGUCUAUGAUUCCAUUCAACUGCCUGACUCUCAGCCUUGGGCUUGACAAGAAUCAUCAUGAUCUCUAUGAUCGACUGGACUCGUACAGCAAGGUUGAGGAGAUCGAGGGGGUAGAGUGCCCAAAAUGUACCCUGCUAAAGGCGCAAAGGCUUCUUACUAAGCUGGUAGAGAGGCUGGAGUCGGGUGGCUCAAAGAAAGAACAACUGGCUGAACCUCUGCGUAGGUUGGAGGCUGUCCAGACAGCUUUGGAUGAAGAUGAAUUUGACGAAGAGACGAUCAAAGAUCGCUGCAAAAUUACUGCUCAAAGCAGAGUCAAUGUGACAAAGACGAAGCAGAUGGUGAUCGCGCGACCACCUCAAAGCCUGGCUAUCCAUGUGAAUCGAUCUGUCUUUGACCCAUCCACUUUUAACAUGAUUAAAAACUCGGCACCUGUAAACUUCCCCAUGACAUUGGAUCUGGGUCCAUGGUGCUUGGGAAGUGCUGGCAAAGCGAAAUCUACAAGCGAGAAGGGUGCUGGGGAUGACCAAGACAGCGAGGAAGAGUGGCAGCUACAUCCCAUGUCCUCCAUGGUCGCGGGAGAUUUGGGAGAGUCAAGGUUGACGGGCCCUAUAUACGAGCUGAGAGCGGCUGUGACGCACCAUGGGCGGCAUGAGAAUGGGCAUUACAUCUGUUAUCGCAAAUACCCGCCUUCCAAGCCAGAUGACUUUAACGAAGUGGACGAGAAACACGCAGUUCCACCUAAAGAGACGACGGAUAGCAUCGUUGAUGACGAUCCAACGGACCCAAACUCAGAGGAAGAAGCCAAGGGCAGCAGCCAUAGCGACAGAGAUUCGUCUUGGUGGAGGCUGAGUGAUCAGAAUGUGUCACAAGUCAACGAAGAGACGGUUAUGAGCCUAUCGCCAGGGGUAUUUAUGCUCUUUUACGAAUGCGUCGACCCGUCUAUGAUUCUACAAUCCGAGCUAAAAAACCAGGUCAUGGAAUUGACCAAUAUCAAAGCAGAAGUCGUCAUGACGAAGCAGGAUGAAAGUGAAGUAGACGAUGCAACCACUCUGACUCCGGCAACGACUGUAGCUUCAGAUAUGACUAAAGACGAAAUAGGGCUGCUAAGGACAGACGCUAUAGAAGCUGAGUUGAAAGCAGCCUCUGAGGACAUUUUGACCAAGAGAAUUUCAUCAAUACAAGUCUGA